GGAGGAGAGAAAACGGAGCAAUCGAGCGGCUGAAUCCGGAGAAGCAGAGCCAACCACCGCUAACGGCGCUCAACUCGUCUGGACUACCCGGGCUAACUUUAGCUACAUGUGCUGAGGUCGAUCCCGACUGCAACGAUGCCCACGGUUACUUUACCGCCGAAGGAGAACGCUCUCUUUAAGAGGAUUCUGCGAUGUUACGAGCACAAACAAUACAGAAAUGGGCUCAAGUUCUGCAAACAGAUCCUGUCCAACCCCAAAUUUGCAGAACAUGGAGAGACAUUGGCCAUGAAAGGUUUGACCCUGAACUGUCUGGGGAAGAAGGAAGAGGCCUACGAACUGGUGAGAAGAGGCCUCCGCAACGACCUCAAAAGCCACGUCUGCUGGCACGUUUACGGCUUACUGCAGCGCUCGGACAAGAAGUACGACGAGGCCAUCAAGUGUUACCGCAAUGCUUUAAAGUGGGAUAAGGACAACCUGCAGAUCCUUCGAGACCUGUCGCUGCUGCAGAUCCAGAUGAGAGACCUUGAGGGAUACAGGGAGACGAGGUACCAGCUCCUGCAGCUGCGCCCGGCCCAGAGGGCCUCAUGGAUUGGUUAUGCCAUCGCCUAUCACCUUCUGGAAGAUUAUGAAAUGGCUGCAAAAAUCAUCGAAGAGUUCAGAAAAACACAGCAGACUUCUCCAGACAAAGUGGACUAUGAGUAUAGCGAGUUGCUGCUGUACCAGAACCAGGUUUUGAGGGAAGCAGGUCUGUACAAAGAGGCCCUGGAUCAUCUGUCCAACUAUGAGAAGCAGAUCUGCGAUAAACUGGCAGUGGAGGAGACGCGAGGAGAGUUGCUGUUGAAGUUGGAGCGUCUGGAUGAAGCUACUGAGGUCUACAGGCGUCUGCAGGAGAGGAACCCGGAGAACUGGUCCUAUUACCAUGGCUUGGAGAAAGCCCUAAAGCCAAGCAGCGUUGAGGAGAAACUGAAGAUCUAUGAAGAAACCUGGGAGAAGUUUCCUAAGGGGCUGGUUCCUCGGAGGCUGCCACUCAACUUUCUCUCUGGUGAGAAGUUCAGGGAGUGCCUGGAUAGAUAUCUGAGGAUGAACUUUAGUAAAGGCUGCCCGCCUGUCUUCACCACGCUCAAAUCAUUGUACAGCGACAAAGAAAAGGUGGCAAUUAUAGAGGAAUUGGUGGUCAGCUAUGAAACAUCAUUGAAAAGCUGUCGAAUGUUUAGCCAGAACGAUGAUGGGAAGGAGGAACCUCCAACCACAUUACUCUGGGUGCAGUACUUCCUGGCUCAACACUAUGACAUGAUUGGCCAGCAGACCCUCGCUCUAGAACAUAUUAACACAGCCAUCGAGAGCACACCCACACUCAUCGAACUCUUCCUCAUCAAAGCCAAGAUUUACAAGCAUGCUGGGAACAUCAGAGAGGCCGCUCAGUGGAUGGACGAGGCCCAGGCUCUGGACACAGCUGACAGAUUCAUCAACUCCAAGUGUGCCAAGUACAUGCUGAAGGCUGGCAUGAUCAAAGAGGCGGAGGAAAUGUGCUCCAAGUUCACACGGGAGGGGGCGUCAGCGGUGGAGAACCUGAACGAGAUGCAGUGCAUGUGGUUCCAGACUGAAUGUGCGCUCGCCUACAAGGGCAUGAACAAGUUUGGAGAAGCGCUGAAGAAGUGUCACGAGAUAGAGAGGCAUUUUGUGGAGAUCACGGAUGACCAGUUCGACUUUCACACCUACUGCAUGAGGAAAAUGACGCUACGCUCCUACGUGGACCUCCUAAAGCUGGAGGAUGUUCUCCGGAUGCAUCCUUUCUAUUACAAGGCUGCUACCACAGCGAUCCAGAUUUACCUCAGCCUCCAUGACAAUCCCCUGACUGAUGACAGCAAAGAGCUGCAGGCAGACACUGCCAACCUGUCGGACAAAGAACUGAAGAAGCUUAGGAACAAACAGAGAAGAGCUCUGAAGAAGGCCCAGCUGGAGGAAGAGAAGAAGAAUGCAGAGAAGGAGAAGCAGCUAAAGAACCAGAAAAAGAAGAAGGAAGAUGAUGAUGAGGAAAUCGGAGGGCCCAAGGAGGAGCUCAUUCCUGAGAAACUGGUCAAGGUUGAAAGUCCACUGGAGGAAGCGGUGAAGUUCCUAACGCCUCUGAAGCACCUGGUUAAAGACAAAAUUGAGACGCACCUGUUGGCCUUUGAGAUUUACUUCAGGAAAGAUAAAUACCUGUUGAUGCUCCAGUCGGUGAAGAGAGCCCUGGCCAUUGAUCCAGACCACCCUUGGCUUCACCAGUGUCUGGUGCGCUUCUUCAAAGGAGUGUCGGAGAGCAAGGAGCUGCCGGAGGUGGUCAGGACAGUGCUGAAGCAGGAGAUCACACGGCUGUUUGGAGACAGCAACCCCAAGAGCUUCAACCAGGCCUACCUCAGCAAGCACUCCAACUCCAUACCACACCGCCUGGCUGCUGCUAAGAUGAUGGCGUAUCUGGACUCGUCAACGGAAGCUAAAGCAGCAGAACUGGCCACAUCACUGGAUGAGUCUCUGAACAACAGAACUAUUCAGACCUGCACAGAAGUCCUGGAGUGUCUUCGGAGCGGCUCGCUGGGAGACUGUAAGGAACACGCGGAGUCAUACCGCGUCGAGUGUCACAAGCUUUAUCCGUACACGUUAGCUUUCAUGCCCCCCGGCUAUGAGGAGAACACCAAGAUCGCCAACGGAGACGUCUCCACAGAAACCGAGGAGCUUGGAAAUGAGAUCUGAGUGCUGCAGAAGAGCUGCGGAUGAGAAAAGGAAUUGGGCCGAGCACAGAGCCUUGUGGUACGCCGGGUAGCCAUAAAUUCUUUUUUUUUUUUUUUUUUAAGAGCCAGACAAAGAAAGCAAAUAGGGGUGUUUGAUAAUAUGGCUCAGCUUAAUUUGGUCUGACCUGGCAUGGCUUGGCUCUCUCCUGCGUGGGUGAACUUCAGGACUGUGUGUGUGUUUUGAACGCGUGCGUACAUAUUCGUUGGUUAAGAGGGGAGGGGAAAGAGGAAGAUGACGGAGCAAACAUUUUACUUUUUUAACAGCCUGCUACCAAGUUUAACUUGAAAAUAAGUCAUUGCGAAACAGAUAUAGAAACUGUGAUACAAAGACACAGAUUGCUGGUUUUGGCCAAGAUGUUGAAUAAAGCCGCUCGAGUUGGACUCCAACACACAAUUAUAGCAUAAUCUGUUCCCAUUAUUUUAAAAAGAAUAUCUUAAUUUAUAUGGAAACGGGACACGGCUGUCACUCUAUGAUGUGGGACUGAGCAGAUUUGAUCUCUGGUCUGUAACCAGCUGAAUAGAAAUCAUUCACUGAGGACAUCAGCUGCUUCAGGCGUAUCUGUAUCUGCUGUAAAACUCACUUCAGUGUCUGUGGAGAACGGGAGAAAGGCCCAAUCCCCGCGGAGACACAGCAACGUGUAAGACGGCUUUCCAUCAGAAUGUGCUUCCUUCACCCGCUCCGGAUUCAACCUGGGAACAUGUAACCCUGUCUGUUCUUCUGGAGCACCUUGUAGCACAGAAUAAAAACUGUAAAGAUUGUGUUGCGCUCUGUUUCAAUACACUGCUACUGUGUUGUUGUGUUUUCUACAUGGCUAUCACAGAGAUGGGUAAAACCGAAGCAAUACCAUAGUCGCCUCCCUGUUUAUACGGGACCAGUGUAACAGUGAACGCUUUGCAGGGCUGUUUACACUGAUCCUACAGGAAGAGGCCCGUGAGUAGUUGUUGUUACACUUAGAAAUGGUUUUAUCUGCAUGUUGGCUCUCUGUUGAAAAUGAAAUGAGCAUUUUAACAUGUCCUUCAGAGGGAGCUUGUGGUUCAGGUGAUCCUUGGAACGGUCAGACGUCACUGAGCAAGAAAGUGUGAACAUCAUGACAGGAUUUUACCUCCUCUGUUCCCGACAGCUUCAGGAACUUGUUUUCUUCCCCUUUUUCCUCUCAUUUGGGUUCUAAUGUGAAAGAUGAAAUCUGAGGUGGUGAUGUAUGAUAUCUCUGGAUUUUUGUAUUAAAAAAAGAAACAAAAAAAAUA